GGACUGAAGCAGAAAUACCCACACGCUAUCGAAGGGAAGGCGAGGAGGAGGGCAGCAGAAAGCCAGAAACACCAUUCAAUCUGCUAUUGUUCCCACCUCGCCGGCCGCCGCCGCCGCCACCCUAACUGUGCCGAGCUCUCGCCAGAAUCACAUACAUGAGCUCCACGGCUGCUGCGGCGCCACCAGCCAGGCGCACGCGCAGCCGGCCGCCGUCUGCCUCGUCCCGCAGGUCUGAUGACCCCUCCUCCGCCGCCAACGGAAAUGGGAAGACCUCCCCGAAGCUCGCUUCUCCCAAACAUCUUCCGGGGGAGAGGACGGUGAAGAAGCUAAGGCUGUCCAAGGCGCUGACGAUACCUGAGGGCACGACGGUCUACGACGCGUCCCGGCGGAUGGCGGCGAGGCGGGUCGACGCGGUGCUGCUCACCGAUGCCCAAGGCCUCCUAUCUGGCAUAGUCACCGAUAAGGAUAUAUCCACACGAGUGAUUGCAGAGGGGCUGCGGGUGGAGCAAACCAUCAUGUCCAAGAUCAUGACACGGAAUCCUACUUAUGUGACUGCUGACUCACUUGCAAUUGAGGCAUUGCAAAAGAUGGUUCAAGGUAAAUUUAGACACCUCCCAGUUGUGGAAAAUGGUGAGGUUAUGGCUAUGCUAGACAUUGCAAAAUGCCUUUAUGAUGCUAUAGCAAGAUUGGAAAAGGCAGCUGAACAAGGGAGUGCUAUAGCAGCUGCAGUAGAGGGGGUUGAGCGUCAACUGGGAGGCAACUUUACAGCUCCUUAUGCUUUCAUAGAAACUCUAAGAGAGCGGAUGUUCAAACCUUCUCUGUCAACCAUUGUCACGGAGGGCACAAAGGUAGCAAUUGUUUCCCCUUCAGAUCCUGUGUAUGUGGCGACACAGAAAAUGCGUGAGUUUCGAGUUAAUUCAGUGAUUGUCACUACAGGGAACACAGUGCAGGGGAUCUUUACCUCAAAAGAUGUUCUUAUGCGUGUUGUGUCACAGAAUCUUUCCCCAGAAUUGACCUUAGUAGAAAAGGUGAUGACUGCAAACCCUGAUUGUGCUACGUUAGACACGACAAUUCUUGAUGCGCUACAUAUAAUGCAUGAUGGCAAAUUCUUGCACAUUCCUGUUCUGGACAGAGAGGGCCAAAUUGCUGCUUGCCUCGAUGUCCUGCAACUUACCCAUGCAGCCAUUCAAUUGGUUGAAGGGGGCAAUGGGACUGCUAAUGACAUGGCAAACUCAGUAAUGCAGAGGUUCUGGGACUCUGCGCUUGCUUUAGAACCUCCAGAUGACGAACUUGAUAGCCGUAGCGAAGCAUCCUUACUUAUGGCGUCAGAAGCCGGGGAUGGGCGGAGUAGUAUAUAUCCCCCUAUCAUUGGUAAUUCGUUUCCCUUUAAGCUUCAAGACCGGAAGGGACGCGUGCAUAGAUUCACCUGUGGCUCAGAGAGCUUAAACGAGCUUGUGUCCUCUGUAAGGCAAAGAUUGAGUAUUAUUGAUGAAAAGGACAUCAUUCAAAUCUUGUACGAAGAUGAUGAGGGUGACCGGGUGCUGCUGACAACGGAUACUGAUCUUGCUGGCGCCGUGCUCCAUGCCAAAUCAUCCGGUUUGAAGGUUCUCAAGUUGCAUAUCGUGGACGAGUCUAAUCCAAACACAGAGGUGGUAAAACCAUUACAGGAGCUAGCACCUCGCAGCAGGAAUGGUGCGUCUUCUGUUAAAAUCGGGCUCAUGGCUGGUGCAGUUGCUCUCAGUGGCGCGGCAGUCAUGGUGUACUUGAAACGAUCCAGGGUGUGAUUACCAGAUGAAUCAAUAAUUUCCUAAACCCGCGUCUCAACAGCUGACAUCCAUCCACUUUAGAAUCUAUUGUUAUCUUGGUAUCAUUGCAUACUAAGAAAAGAAAGAAUGAGGCACAUGAGGUCACAUGUUUCCAGUCUGUCAGGUAAUUGAAAAGUCGAACAGCAGGCGGUAGGAGCUGCCUAAUAUUUGUCCCUCCACAUUUUGCACAAACAUCAGUGAUUUCAUGGCUACAAUGAAACGUAUAAACAUAAGCGUUUAUGCUAGUUCAUACUUUUGCACUUUUUUGUAGAUAAACAGAGGAUGUAAAAUGAUUUUGGAGCAUAACAUUAAGUGGACUAUUCUCUGCCAGUGUCCUACAAAAAUCAAAUGUAAACAAUUGGGUAAUGCACACUGUCAAACAUACUACUCAGGCUGACAAAUAAUGCCCAUUAUUAUUUGAUCC